AUAUGUCAAAACAAACCAGCUGAGUUGGGCAAUAUUUUGUUGUAUUGAUGGAAAUUCUUAUUAUUUAUGGAAGUUAUUACAAAUUUUAAUAAAGUCAUGGCUUCAGCAGUAUCAGAGAAGGUUAAAGACAAACGAAAUAGAGUUCUUCUAGGACCUUUGCCUGAUGAUUUUCUUCGAGUAAAUACAUCAAUCCAGGAACAACAAGAAGCUGCUGACAGACAGACUGCAAUAGCACUUCAACAGCAUUAUGCUGGUGGGACCAUGUCAUAUGUUUACAAUCCAGCAGGACGUCUUAGUAUUACUGUAGCUCAGGCCAAGCUGGCAAAGAACUAUGGUAUGACUAGAAUGGAUCCUUACUGUCGAAUCAGAGUUGGGCAUUCCAUUUAUGAAACCCCUACUGAUCCAAAUGGAAGUAAAAAUCCAAGGUGGAACAAAGUGGUAUACUGUUUCCUUCCACAUGGUAUAAAUACAAUAACAAUUGAAAUAUUUGAUGAGAGAUCUUUUACCAUGGACGAAUUAAUAGCUUGGGCUCAGAUUACCAUUCCUGCACAGGUUUUAAGUGGGGAAACACAUGAAGAUUGGUACCCAUUAAAUGGUAAACAAGGAGAAGGAGUAGAGGGCAUGAUAAAUCUUGUCCUUAGUUACACUGCAUCUCCUCCAAAUAUUUAUCCACCAAAUCAACCUAUUAUGGUGGUGCCUAGAACUGGAGGUGGGCCAGUUAAACCAAUGGCUGUAUAUCCGGUACCAGCAUCUGAGGUUCCCCCCAAUCCUGCACCAAUACCAAUUUUGAGUGAAUCUGAAUUGAAACAGAUUGAAGAGAUGUUUCCAAAUGUUGAAAAAGAAGUAAUCAAGACAGUAUUUGAAGCAAACAGAGGAAAUAAAGAUAGUACCAUCAACUCUCUUCUACAAUUGGCUGAUUAAUCGUAUAGUUUAAGUUUAAAUUAAGACAAAUGAUAUGUGAUUCUUAAACCACAGAUAUCUGACUUGAUAAUUCCAUAUUUUAAUGCUUGUUAUUGUUAUUUUAUGUGUUAUAGUUUUGCUUUUGUGUUAAUGAAAUUUUGGCCAUAUUUUAACAAUAAUUCUAGUCCAGUAGCAAGUGCAAAAAUUGAUAAAAUUGUGCCAAUAAAUGUGAGCAACGAGACUUUAUUAUUCCA